AUGAAGGAUGGGCAACUAAGUAGGGAAGAAGUAGGAGCCACCAUCAAAGAAUGUGUGAUCAGAUACCUCAUGCAGGCUACUGCUGAACCUGACUUACCAGAAUUGGGCAAAGAAGAACAGAGAAGCUAUUCAAGAAGAAAAGUAGUAUCCAACUGGCACCGUUAUGAAGAUAGUGAGAAAGAAACCCAAAAUGGCAGUGGUGAAUCUCAGCGUGGGACAGACUUCAGUGUACUGCUUAGCUCAGCAGGAGAUUCCUUCACCCAAUUCAGAUUUGCUGAAGAAAAGGAGUGGAUUACAGAAAGCCUUUGCCCAAAGCAGUUGUCUGGAUUGUAUGUUGACUGCCAGUCCUUGGUUCAAGCGCUUGAAGAGUUGCCUCUGCAUCUCAAACUCAAUGUGGCUGCUGAACUGGUCCAGGAUGCAACACCAAUCACACUUCCCCAGAUUAAGCUGCAAAGUCAUGAUGUGCCCAAGAAAAGUGGUGAUCUGUUACAACAGCAAAAGAGAGUUGUGUCACACUGUAAUCCCAUGGAAGAGUCUGCUGCUCUCUUGACUUUGCCAAAUAAAGAUGGAUGUGGAAUUUCUUCAGAGGUUCUUCAGAGAAGUCCUUCAAGUUUGCGUCAGGUAGCAGAUCAUUUGGAUGAAGACCUUGAUCUGCUCCUGAAAUUAGAUGCCCCUAUUAAUCCUGAAAACAAUGUUGCUUUGGAAGUUGUAGCAGAUGGCAUAGCAUCUGGGGAUGAUUUGAAAAUGACUCUUGAAGAAAAGGAUCAUUUAGAACCAGAUAGAACUGAAGAAAUUUGCUCAACUUCUCAACUACAAGAAGUUACAACCAAAAAUAUUACUGAAGAAGAACUGGAGGACUGGUUAGAUAGCAUGAUCUCCUAAAACCUAUGUUUUGUUUAUCAUAACAAUAAAUAAAUAAAUAAAUACAAGUAUGUGAAAAUAAUUUAAGAUGACAAUUCCUAAUUGUAAAAUAUGUUUACAAAUAUUUAAUCAGGGUGACUGCCUAGUCUUGAAGCUUAAUAAUGCUACUUGUGUAUUUGCAGUUCUCUGGAUUUCAUUAGCUAAAGAAAUUUAACAAUAUUAAUUUGAAGUUUUUAUAGAGCAUAAUAAAAGGAAACCUAAGUUGCAAAUGUAUAAAAGGCUCGUUAGAUUCUGUGCGAUAAACAAAUAAAAUAAAUUUCGCUUGCAGGUA